GUUCGGCCAACAGGGAAGCGCGGAGCCGCAGAGCUGGUCCGUCGCUCGCCGGGGUGCCGGGAGCUGAGCCGCGGGGAGGCCGGGCUCCAGCGCGCAGCCCGAGGGGGUGUGCGUGUGCGCGCCGCGGAGGGCGCACCGGGAGGGCGCACCGGGAGGCCCCGGCGGCCGCCGCCGCGGGGGAUCUGAUAUCAGCUACCUGUCCCUGUCACUCUUGACACUUCGCCGUCAGGGCUGCCGCUCGGGGGGGCGGGCAGAGCGCGCGCGCUCGGCGUUAGCUGCCCUUAUUGGAGGGGUACCCGGGGGAGGGAGGGAGGGAAGCAAGGGGUCUUUGCCACUCUCGUUUCGGUUCGGAGCUCGGGAGCCAGCUCCCCAAAGACGCACCGCGCCGCGCCCGCCUGCGCCCACCCCCAUGUCUCCGCGGGCCCGCUGACUCUUGGCCGCCGGACCCUUUCGCCUGAGCCUUCCGAAGGAGACGCGGCGCCUCGGCUCGAAGACUCGCGGGGGGCGCGUUCCCUGGCUCGGCCCCCGGCGGCCCACGCAGCGGGGACUGCGCGCCCGGAGCGCGCCGCGGAGCCGGCGGCGGCCACGGGGCUUCGGCGGGGCGGCAGCCCGGGACUCGCGGGGCGGCGCGCGCCUUCGCCCAUGAACUGCAUGAAAGGCCCGCUGCACUUGGAGCACCGCGCAGCAGGGACCAAGUUGCUGGCCGCCUCGUCGUCGUCCUCCUGUCACCAUCCCCAGCCGCUGGCCAUGGCUUCGGUCCUGGCGCCCGGUCAGACCCGCUCGCUGGACUCUGCCAAGCACAGGCUGGAGGUGCACACCAUCUCCGACACCUCCAGCCCCGAGGCCGCAGAGAAAGAGAAGAACCAGCAGGGAAAAAAUGAGGACGUGGGCGCCGAAGACCCGUCCAAGAAGAAGCGGCAACGACGCCAGCGGACCCAUUUCACCAGCCAGCAGCUGCAGGAACUGGAGGCCACGUUCCAGAGGAACCGCUACCCGGACAUGUCCACGCGCGAGGAGAUCGCCGUGUGGACCAACCUCACGGAAGCCCGCGUCCGGGUUUGGUUCAAGAAUCGCCGGGCCAAAUGGAGAAAGCGAGAGCGCAACCAGCAGGCCGAGCUGUGCAAGAAUGGCUUCGGGCCGCAGUUCAACGGGCUCAUGCAGCCUUACGACGACAUGUACCCGGGCUACUCCUACAACAACUGGGCCGCCAAGGGCCUCACUUCGGCCUCCUUGUCCACCAAGAGCUUUCCUUUCUUCAACUCCAUGAACGUCAACCCCCUGUCGUCGCAGAGCAUGUUUUCCCCGCCCAACUCCAUCUCCUCCAUGAGCAUGUCGUCCAGCAUGGUGCCCUCCGCGGUGACCGGCGUCCCGGGCUCCAGCCUCAACAGCCUGAAUAACUUGAACAACCUGAGCAGCCCGUCGCUGAAUUCCGCGGUGCCGACGCCCGCCUGUCCGUACGCGCCGCCGACUCCUCCGUACGUUUACAGGGACACGUGUAACUCGAGCCUGGCCAGCCUGAGACUGAAAGCCAAGCAGCACUCCAGCUUCGGCUACGCCAGCGUGCAGAACCCGGCGUCCAACCUGAGCGCUUGCCAGUACGCGGUGGACCGGCCCGUGUGAGCUGCUGCGCCCUGGGCGCGCCGGGAUCCUAGGACCGUGCCGGACGGGGCGGCUCUGCCCUUGAAAGACUGGGAGUUACGCUAGAAGGUCGUGGGCGCAAAGGAAGGAGAGAGAAAGAGAAGCUCUAGAGAGAAAAGGAAACCACUGAAUUGCAGAGAGCUCCUUUGAUUUCAAAGGGAUUUCCUCCAUGUCUGACAAUCUUUCACUAAAAGUAUUUCCAACAGUUGCGAGGACACACACCAAUGUUUGACUGGAUAUGACAUUUUAACAUUACUAUAAGCUUGUUAUUUUUUAAGUUUAGCAUUGUUAACAUUAAAAUGACUGAAAGGAUGUAUAUAUAUCGAAAUGUCAAAUUAAUUUUAUAAAAAGCAGUUGUUAGUAAUAUCACAACAGUGUUUUUAAAGGUUAGGCUUUAAAAUAAAGCAUGUUAUACAGAAGCGAUUAGGGUUUUUCGCUUGCGAGCAAAGGAAUGUAUAUACUAAAUGCCACACUGUAUGUUUCUAACAUAUUAUUAUUAUAAAAAAAAUGUGUGAAUAUCAGUUUUAGAAUAGUUUCUCUGGUGGAUGCAAUGAUGUUUCUGGAACUGCUAUGUACAACUACCCUGUGUAUAACAUUUCGUACAAUAUUAUUGUUUUACUUUUCAGCAAAUAUGAAAAAAAAUGUGUUUUAUUUCAUGGGAGUAAAGCAUACUGCAUACAAA